AUGGCGGCGGUGCUCGAUGCAGACCCGUGCAUCCUCCGUUACGUGGUCGUUGAGGGUUUCCUGCGCGUCAUGGGUCUGGCGCGAUCUAAGGAAUUCGAGGGCUUGUGUCUGCUUAAUACAAAGAAAAUGAACAUGGCUCUUCUGUCAAAGUGGGUGUGGAGGCUGUACCAGGACGAAGACACUAUUUGGGCAAGGAUUAUCCGCGCUAAAUAUGCUGAUGCCUCUGAUCUGUUUGCGGGGACUAGCCAAGGGGGCUCCCAAUUCUGGAAAAAUCUCCACAAGAUUAAACACCUCUUCAAAGUUGGGGCUAAGCAUGAGGUGAAGGACGGAGCUCGUACAAACUUCUGGAUGGAUUGGUGGCUGGGUAAUGUGCCCCUCAAAGACACCUUCCCCCUCCUUUUUGCCAUCUUUGACAACCAGACACUCUCGGUGGCUAACGCCUGGCAUAAUUCUCAGCUGGAGAUCCGCUUCCGCCGCUCCCUGGACUAG